UGAGUGAAUGGUUCUAAUGAAAUAACUUACAACGGAUGAAGAUGCCCCACAGGGAAACAAAGCGACACACAAACGAUUCCUUGAGAAUAUUAAAGCCACAUCAGGAGCCACUGCCUAAAAUAGCCAAAGACACCCGAAGAAGUCAUUAAGUCUGUUGUUGUAAAAUAUGUCCUGGUGGGAAAGUGCCUCGGUAACGUGCGGGAUUAUUGCACCCCACUGGCAUUUUAUUUAUUUCUUGAAGGAAGAAGCCCCCCUCCCCCAUGCAGAAAAAAAGCGUUAUUCAACAAGCGUAAUUAUAAACCUUGUAAGCUUAAAAAUGUGUUGUUUUCAAUAUCACUUAACACGACAGUUGGCCACGGUUCACUGGCUCCUGUUCCCGGCUGCACUGUGCGGUCCGUGCGCUCCUGGUGCCCUGUCGCUUGUGGUCCAUCACCGGGCCGCGCUCUCCCGGUCGGGGGCCGUGAUAAUGAGCUGCUCCUCCUCCUCCUUUUGGGGGGAUUUACCCCAGGGCGCACUGACCACUGGACGCACCGAGGAGGCUCAGAGGAAUUACUGCCACGCAGCCGAGCGAGCCUGGAGUAGACCAAGCUGACGCCGGGGGGAUAUCAGAGUUAUUAUCAGAGCUCUUAGCAAGAUAAAUAUAUAAAACUCCACUGGUGAGCACGGAAAAGCCCGUAUAUGAUGAGUGAAAAUGGGAAUUCACUUCUGCGGUGGGGCCAAUCACGCACAGAGAGGUGUUGAGCAAAUGGCACAGUCAUAAAGGAGAGACGCCGGAAGAGGUAAGGAGAUGUAAUCUUUGUAUUGUAGUCUGUAAAUAUUCUAUCUGUGAAUCAAACGACUGACCGGUCUGAGUUGCAUAGUUUGAGCAUUGAGCUCCUUGUUACGUGAGCAUGCUUCUUUCUUGUUGCAGGUGUGACCCCCCACUCCCCCCCCAGGGAGGAUUGUUUCUUUUUAUUGAGGACCUAGAAUCUGACCGUCACCAAUGACUGUCACCUACACAGCUAGAGUCGCAAACGCCCGUUUCUGUGGCUUCUCCAAGCUGCUUCUGGCCUGGAGAGGCAGCAUCUACAAGGUUUUAUAUAAAGAGUUCCUGGCUUUUUUUGCCAUGUACGCCGCCAUCAGCAUCACAUACAGAUUUCUCCUCUUUGAUGAUCAGAAGAGGUAUUUUGAAAAGCUGGCAAUUUAUUGCAACCACUAUGCCAGUCUCAUCCCCAUGUCCUUUGUACUGGGUUUCUAUGUGACCCUGGUGGUGAACCGGUGGUGGAGCCAGUACACCAGCAUCCCGCUCCCCGACCGGCUCAUGUGCGUCCUGUCGGGGGGCCUCCAAGGGACCGACGAGCGCGGCCGCCUGCUGAGACGGACCAUGAUGCGUUACGCCAGUCUGUCGGCCCUGCUCAUCCUCCGCUCCGUCAGCACGGCCGUAUUCAAGCGCUUCCCCACCAUGGACCACGUGGUGGAGGCGGGAUUCAUGUCGAGGGAGGAGCGAAAGAAGUUUGAGUGUCUUCACUCUCCAUAUAAUAAAUACUGGAUCCCGUGUGUUUGGUUCACCAACCUGGCGGCUUUGGCGCGCUGCGAGGGCAGAAUCAAAGACGACCACACACUCAAACUGCUGCUACAGGAGCUGAAUGCGUUCAGAGGGAAGUGCAGCAUGCUGUUCCAUUAUGACAUGAUCAGCGUUCCCCUCGUCUACACUCAGGUGGUGACUUUGGCCGUAUACAGUUUUUUCCUGGUGUGUCUGAUUGGUCGUCAGUUCCUGGACCCCAAUCAAGGCUAUCCAGGUCAUGACCUUGACCUCUACGUGCCCAUCUUCACCCUGCUGCAGUUCUUCUUUUAUGCUGGCUGGCUCAAGGUUGCAGAGCAGCUGAUCAACCCUUUUGGAGAAGACGAUGAUGACUUUGAGACCAACUGGCUAAUAGACAGAAAUUUUCAGGUGUCCAUGAUGGCGGUGGACGAGAUGUACGGGGAUCUGCCGAUGAUGGAGAGAGAUCGAUACUGGAAUGACUCCAACCCCAGGCCCCCCUACACCGCCGCCACUCUCUUUGUCCUCCGCAGACCCUCCUUCCAGGGGUCCACUUUCGACAUGGCGAUCCCUAAAGAGGAGAUGCACUUCCAGCCCCUGGAGGACAUUGCUGAGAACCUGGAGGAGUCGGGCAGUCACCACCCCAACAUGGCCCUCUUCAACCGCCUGCUCAAAGUAGCCCCUUCCCCCACCGGCUUCAUGGGAGGGGCCCUUCGCCGCACCUCAGCACAGCUCCAGAGGCUUCGCCACUCUCCCAGCAUUGACCAAUGCACCAGCGAGGAUGAGGAUGAUGAAAGUGGUAAAAUAGGCAAAGCUGGGUCUCUGCCUUCAGGCCUGGGGCAGGAAACCCAGAGCACAGUGUGCAGUUUUAGGGAGGAGAAGGGCGCUAGGACACCUCUGCUGGAUGUUCACUUUGGGGCGAAGCGGCAGGAGAGGCGGGGAGGGCCCCCUCCUGCCUCUGAGAAGAAGGGAAUGAGAGCAGUGGACGAGAAGAAUGAGGAAGUGUGGCAGAUCAGAGAAGAAAGAGGGGAACUGGAGGUUUCAAGGGGGGAGGCCCAAGCUCCUGCGUCGCUGUGUCCUCCUUCUCCCCUGUCCUCAAGCGAGACGUCCACCCAGUCAGCCUCUGCCAUUCCCUUCCCGUCCCGUCACCCCUCUGCCUUCCUGUUUCACCCAAAUGCCCACUCCGCUCUGGAGCACUGCAGCUCCCAGCCGGCCAUCAACCGGGACAGAGCCGUGCCCGCCAUUCCCAAACCUCCCUGCAGUGGAAACAAAAUGUCGUUCCUCGCUGUGCCGUCUCACGAUGAGCCUCAGCGCUUUCGCAGCGUGAGCAUGGGCUCAGAGCUCACGGGGUCGUGGGCGGACGAUAGGUCUGUUUGAAAAACGCCCGUCCCGGUUUUCACCAGUGAAGUUAGUCGUGGAUAGAAAACUGAGCUGCCGCUUUUAAGGGUGGACACUGAUGUUGUCUGAACGUCAUGUGAACUGUAAGUUUCUGGGACUUGGGAAGAAGGUUUGUUUUUUUAAGAGGCUAUUGGGAACUUUAAAGAAGCAUUUUGGGGAAGAUUUGUGAUCCUACUACUACGAGUCGGUUUAAAGAAAAAAAAAAUACUAAUUACUGCGUAUAUAUUUUGGAUGAUUGUGCUAAACUAGACGUGAUGAGUGCUUUGCACAAGGACUAGACAUCCCUAGUAGUUCAGAAUGAUCCACCAAGCCAUCAUCAUCAUCAUCAUCAUCAUCAUCAUCAACCCUGAGACAGAUCAUUGGAAGUGCCAAGUGGCAGUUAUCUUAAUAAUUGAACUGGUUUAAAUAAACCAUUGGUUCUUG